AUGAUGAUGAUGGGAACACCACUGCAUCGUUCCCCAAAGCGCAAGAGAGAUGUCUCGUUGGAAACAGAAACAAGCAGUCCUCCAAUGUCUCCGACCUCUUCCUUGUCAGUCGCGAGCCUGCAAGAAGCCCGUUUGGUCGAAGCGGACGAUAUAGGGCGAUACAGUCCCCGCACCGUCGUCGCCAGCCGCCUCAAGGAGCUCGCAAUUCGAGAAUCAAGUCUCAAACCGGAGAUUAGUAGUAGUCGCGCCAAAACAGCAGUGCAGAUCCAAGGAUCUACUGGCGAUGAAGCGCAUCAUCCUUUAGCUGCAGAGGUCGAACAACCGCAAGUGCCGCCCACGUCAGACUGCGAUCACCAUGGCGGGACGACAUGCGGCAACAGCAACAGCAACACACAAGAAACAGAUGAGCAGAAGAAGCUUAGUAACAAACCACUCCAACCGAUGGAACGACAGCCAGAAGCAACACCGCCUCGCAAAAAGGCGAAGCCUGUUCCAGGGUCGACAAAGUCGUCGCGGAGAAAAUCCCCUCCGCCUGCUGAAGGUGAUUCUCUCAACCCAUUCACAUGGAGUGAUUGCGAGAUCACAGGUCACAACCCUACCGAUCCAAACGAUGAUGGAUACGGUAUAAAUGGUGUUGGCUUUAGGCCUACCCCUGCAAUGGCGUGGGCACGUUCUCGCCAAAGACAAAAGCAAGUCGCAGAGUGGAAACACCGAGAGGCGAGAGAAGCAAGAGAGAAACGCCGGGAGCGCCGUGAAGGCAUGAUCCAGGACAACGCACAAGAUGAAGCCGCUGGAAUAGUACAGAAGAAAGUAAAGUUUGAUAUUGAAUGA